AUGUCAGAUGCUCAGCAGUAUCUGCUGGACUUUGAUAGGAACAAGAAAGAAGCCACGGCGACUGCUCAGCGGAGCGCGACGCGACUGAAGAAUGGCGAAUUGAAGCUUAUCAGCCUGGUCACUGACCUUGGGGAAUACUUGAACAGUGAAGAUGGAGCCACACGGUCGAAGACGAUGUCGUACCUUGCGGAGGUACUCGCAGCCGUCCCACAGAAGGUUCUUUCCCUCCAACAACGGAACCUGCUCUGCGACUUCACUCUUUCCCGAACCGAAGACAACGAAGGCCUCGGGUCAUGCGCAAAGGCACUCCUGGCGCUGGAAGAGCUUGGGAAGUGGGACGACCAGCGGGUAGUCAGCAUCGUUGAGGCACUCCUCAAUAACACACAUCCGCUACGGCAAUACAAGCAGCAGAGCGAACGUUACCCCGUGCUGCGCCUGAUCGAUACGCUCAUGGCGAAAUACCGCGACGCCCUGAGAGCCCACCACGAUGCGACACCAGACUUCUUGGGACGCUUCAUAUCAUACUUUGACGGAGAGAAAGAUCCUCGGAACUUGAUGGUCGUCUUCUCGAUACUCAGGGUUCCGAUGACGGAAUGGAACAUCGGCGGAGAUGCACAGGACCUGUUUGACGCAGUCUUCAACUACUUCCCGAUUACCUUCAGGCCGCCACCUGAUGAUCCGUAUGGCAUCACGGCGCAGGACCUGAAGGAUCGCUUGCGAGAUUGUAUUUCAUCCACGGCCGACUUUGCGCCAUAUGCGUUCCCUGCGCUUCUGGACAAGCUCGAUUCCACAUCGAUGAACACCAAGCGAGACGUUCUGUCAACGAUUACAGCCUCAGUGACCGAGUACGGACCAAGGACAGUAUCUUUAUACGCGGUCACGCUAUGGGACGCACUGAAGUUUGAAGUCUUGAAUGUACAAGAGGAAGACCUGGCGAAGGAAGCGCUUGCAGGUCUAGCAGCAAUUGCACGGACACUAUCGAAGGGUACCCCAGGAUCACUCAAUGCGUAUCUCAAACCUGUUAUCAAGGAGUGCAACGAACACCUCGAAGAUGCGCCCACGAAGCAAUCCCAAGCUUCCGCAAGGUUUCUCGAGAGCAUCGCCAAUGUGUCUCCCGAAGUUACUAGCCUCGUACUGGCCGGUGUGCUACCGAAUCUUUUCCUACUAUUCCAGACAGCUGACACAAUGGCAAAGCGCCGGGGUUUACUGGAAGUUCUCGUACAACUAGUAAAAGCUAACAUCGACGUCUAUGGUGACUGGAGAAAGAUGGGCCCUGGUGGAGAAGAAAUCAGCAACAAUGCGCUCGCUCAGUUCCGAGACCAAGCGCUAGAAGUCAUGUUGAAUGGUCUCGAGACGGCCCCAGCCAAAGAAGUGUCGUUCAGAUUAGUCUGUCUUGAUGGACUCAUCCAGCUAUCAAAAGCGCGAGGUCUGCUUAGCGAUGACGAUAUCGGCAGAAUCAUUCAGCUUCUGCAUUCCAUCGUCAUCCACGAAGAAUCACAUGGAAAGGACGAGGUCAAGGAAGCAGCCAUCAACGGUAUCGUUGAGAUUGCGCACCAGAAGCCACAGGUCGUAGUCGAGAAAGCGUUCCCGGCUUUCCUUGCGCAACUACCAGACACAGACGCAAACGGGUCAACACAUUACUCAACGGUCCUCGAAGCAUUCGCCAAGCUCGCCAGCGAAGAGCAGGUCUUCGACACCGUCAUUCUGCGACUCAAGAACAAGUUCAGCGCGGCAGUCCAACAGGGCGCUUCUUCUACAUACAUCGUCGCGCUUCUUUCCGCGAUGUUGUAUGCCCUCAAGAAGGGCGAGAACAAGCUGUCGCAGGGCUCAGACAGCUCCACUUACUACAAGGACAUCGCGUUGCCACUCAUCGAACGCGCAUCAAGUUCUGAUGAAACACAUCCAGCGGCUUUUGACGACGAGACCACACUCGAUCUUGUCGGCCGCAUAUGCAACUUGAUCAUCAGGUACCUUCCUACCGAACAGCAGAAUAAUGUUGCUGUGGAGCUGUACACCUUGUUCCGUGGCAAGCCACAAACCGAACUACCACCCUUCAGUGUCGACGCCGGUGUGGAAGCGAACAAGACGAUGAUUGUUUCCACACACCUCCUCGCUUCCCUGCACAAAGAUGCGACACUACCUUGUGAAUUACAACUUUUGAUCUCUUCUCUAGCAAACUACGCUCAGCAGCCCUCAUUAUCCCUACCAGUCCGAUCAGCAUCCCUUCGGCAGAUGUCUCUCAUCAUCAACAAGUACUAUACCAGCGCUGCACUUAAGACAUGCAUGGACCCUCUCGUCGCGGACUUUGAUCUUCUCAACCCGGAGAAGCUUGAUCCGCCACGGAUACGCAUCAUCUUCGCGUGCCUCAAGGGUAUUGUAUUGCGGAGCAGCCCUGCGCUGAACACACUGUAUCCGACGCUCUUGUCUUUGCUAUCACAUCCGAAGUAUGGCAGUACCGUCGCGCAAGGUUUCACAACACUUCUGCAACCCGACGACCUUCUCAGCAAGGAAAACCACUGCCAGAUCCUUGGUCUCCAUAAGCAUAAGAGCUUUGCGUUACUGGUACCGAACAUCACAAAAUCAUUCCGGGAAGCGGAUGCCCAGACGAAGCCCAAUUAUCUCAUCGCACUGAGCGGAGCACUGAGAUGGAUGCCAUUUGAGAUAGUAGUCGAGGAAGUUGGACAGCUUGUUACCCUGCUUCUCCAAUCUUUGGACCUCAAGGGCGUGGACGUUGUUAAGGAGGCUGCAAUCGGCACUCUCACUUCAACUCUCACGGAGAAGCCGGAAGUGCUCGAGGAGCAUGCUGGUGCACUCAUCUCUCGUCUUCUGAACAACGCUACCGUUACGAAGGAAAACAAGACUACGCCACCACCGCCAGCAGUGAGGGUAGCAGCUUUGAAAUGUCUGCAUCUGGUUGCAGAGAAGUUCAAGGAAGAGAGAAUACUAGGCUACAGGAGAGAGGUCGUUAGGAGACUCAUUGCUGCUCUGGAUGAUGGGAAGAGAGAUGUCAGAAGUGCGGCUGUGAAAUGCCGGGCGAAGUGGUUACUAGCUGAUGAACCAGACGAUGAUUAG